AUGAGAGAGAAAGAGGAGAGAGAAAAUCCUCCCAAAAACCCCCAGUCUCUUCCCACCGCCCUCACGGCACAAAGUCUCCAACCUCCAUGCCAGCUCCGACAUCCAACCCAAGCGGAACCUGAAGCUGCCAUCAGCCCAUCCCCGAAGUCGCCAGCAAAACCCCCGGACCUGGAUCCUCCGCCAUUAUCGUUCAAGCUCGCUCUUUCUACAGAUGAGUCAGUUAUCAAUGAACCUAUUCCCCUCCCCCUUCCUUUGCUACCAUUUGCCACUGCCCGGAAUGAUCUUAAAGAAGGGGAGGAGAUUUUUGUUCCAAUUUCAGAGGAUGAAUAUGCUAAGCUAUCCCAACCUUGGGAAUCAGCCAUAAUUUUUAAAGUCUUAGGAAGGUCGUUUUCACAGGAUUUCCUUACGAAGGAGAUAUCAAAGCUAUGGAAUUGGAAGGGACACUUGAAUUUAUUAUCCCUUGGUAAGGGUUUCUACAGCAUUAAAUGUUUCUCAAAUGUUGAAGAAUCAAAAAUUCUGUCAGGGGGGCCUUGGUUUAUUUUAGGCUCCCUUGUAUGGGUUCAACCAUGGACACCAGGCUUCAAGCCCUCGACCGCCAAGACCAAACACUACCCUGUUUGGGUGCAGUUGCCGGAACUCCCUAUGGAGUUAUUCCAUAAACAAACAUUGGAAAAGAUUGGAAAUACGUUGGGAGAAACUCUGAAAAUCGAUUCCAAUUCGUUAGAUGGUGUAAGGAGACGAUACGCGGCCAUUUGCGUUUUGAUGAAGGAGGAUAAAACAGUGCCCCAAUGGGCCUGGUUGGGAGGCUUAAGGCAGGAGAUAGCUUGUGUGGAGGGACCAUGGGUUUGUGAAAUUUGUAGGAAGGUGGGUCACAACCGCCGUCAUUGUGCACUGGCACCGCUAUCAGAGCACAAAGCAGGGGACAUCACCGGUAAAGAGAUGGACGGAAAUAAUGGAACCCACCCAAUGAACUCAGGCGAGGCCGGUGAUGCCGGACCUCAACCCGGGCUACGUGGAAUACUUCCUGCCGGAAAAUUUAAUGGAACCGACGGAAUUCUUCUCCAAUCUCAGCCUUCAAGAGGUCAAGGCAUUAAUGUGGAACCCACGGUCACAGCCGGAAAUGUUCAAGCAUCUCAUAAUGUACGAAGACGGUCAACUUCUCCCGGCACACAUACCGCAAGUUCAGGAUGCAUCACAUCUCCCUCCUCUCUUGAAAAUCUUCAUCAAGUGGUUGCUCAUGAAAGAGGUAGGAGCCGAAACAGAAGAAAGAAAUCUCCUGCAAAACCUUGGUCCUUGGAUAGACCCCACUCCUAUAUUUCCGGUUGUGAGGACGGUGAUGAUGGUAAAAUCACUUCCGACGAGGCUCCAAGGGAAAAGCAACACCAAUGCACUCCUAUGCGCACGGUUGCAACCCCCAUUAAAACAAAUGGGUCUCACGGUGAGCUGGGCCGAGGAAAACGGGCCAAGAAACCCACGCAUGGCCGAAGCUACUCUGUGGCCCCACUCCCGACAGUGGACAUCACCGGAGACAGGGGCCGAGUUCGAUCCUUGGGCAGCAGAAAACGAGGAGCUACUACGUAUGCUCUUGGGGAAAUCGAACUUACCUAA